AACGUGUCAUGACCAUCUGGGCAGCUUUACUAUUCCGUCCACUCCUAUGAGAAGAAGGAAGCUACCCUGUACCCUUGCAAGUGCCAGCCUCUUCACCUUUUUUCCUUCCUGGGUCUUCCUCCAAUCUGCAGUGAGCUGUUCAGAGCCUAGGUCAAGGAUUCUAGACUCCUUUGAUCAUCCUUGAACUGCUGAACGGCCGAGUGGGGCUCAGGAUGAGUUACCUGGAUGGAGUCCCUUUCAGGGUUUCCAAAAGUUUUAUGGUAGAAUGGGAACCAACCACAGUCUCCAACUUCUGUGUACCUGACUGCAGAGAGCUCCUGCUAGGCUCCAUGCAUGAUUUUUCCCUGGAGAGAAAGGUGCUUUACUGGUUGGAGGCUGCAACAAGACAGGAAAUGACUUGGAGUAAUGAGGCCCCUGGCAUGGCCACUGCACCUCCAUGUUGGCUCCUUUUGGUCGACUCAUUGGAUGCAUCCAGUAUGGCCAAAGCUGAGAAACAAGAGGACAGAGAGAGGAACUCCACUCAACCUGGGAGUAGGAACUGUGGGAAGGAUGGAUUCACUGAGGAGGAGGAGGGAGAGAAGGAGGAGGAGGAAGAAAAUGAGGAGGAAGAUGAUGAAGACACUUCUUCAACUAGUGAGGAUGAUAGUAGCCCCAAGGAGAUCUCCCCAGGGUCACCGAGUCUAGGCCAUCGGAGGAGGUCUCUGGACAUUUUCCACAAUGUGAAGAAUGAGUUGCAGGGUGUUGGAAGAAGGUUAUCAUUGCUGGUGCCUCCACUGAGCCGGGCUGCUUCUCCCGAGCGCAGACUGGCUGCCAAAUCAUUGGCUCUCUACCACCGCUUCAGGAAUAACAGGACCAUGACCUCCACAGCACCUGUCCCUGACAUGCUUCCCCAGAGCCCCCCACCAAUGCCACCAAGACCAUCCACAGCUGGCUCUAUUCCUCCUAUCCGUCAUCACAAACCCACGGUCCCUUCUCUCAGCCCAUACUCCUGCCUCCCGCCCUGUCCUGGCACUUCACGACCUCUCAGUUCUGAUAACCGCCACCCAGAUUCCACUGCUGAUCUGCUGUCUGCCCUGAGUCAGGAGGAGCGGGACCUCAUUGAACCUGUGCUGGCCCUGGGGUAUCCCCUGCGCAGGGCCAUCCUGGCUCUGCAGAGGACAGGGAGGCAGAGCCUGAGCCAGUUUCUCAGUUACCUCAGUACAUGUGAUCGGCUGGUCAAGCAGGGCUACUCAGAGAGCCUGGUGGAGGAGGCCAUGGAGAUGUUUCAGUACUCGGAGAGGAAGGCAUCAGAGUUUCUGCAUCUCUGGGAGCAGUUCAGCGACAUGGGCUUCCAACAAGACAGGAUCAAGGAGGUUCUUCUGCUUCAUGAGAACCACCGGGAGCGUGCCCUGGAGGAGCUCAUGACUAGGGCCCGGUGGAUAGAGCGCCAGCCUUGGAGCCCACCAGUUUUGCCUUUGAUACCCACUGUGUGACUUCAAACAAAUUUAACUUCUCUGCAUCCCAGGCAGCUUCCCAAUACUCUAAGUUACAGACUAGUUGCUGAUCUGU